CCAAGAUGUCUGCGCCCAUAAGAUUAAGUAAAUUUUUAUUUAUUUGAAAAAUUCCAACGAUUUUUGACAAAUAUGCUACACCAAGAUGUCCUAAUGUGUAAUUGAAUAUUUAAUAAUUAGAUUGACACAUUAAUCAGAUAUGGAAUCAGUAACCCCUGCCAAGCGACAAAAGUUCUCAGGAUCCAAUAACAGCCCAACAUGGCAAGAGAUACAAGCACAGCGGCAAAAUCUGCCAAUAUUUCCAGCACGGAAGCGACUUCUCCAUGAGCUUCGUCAAAAUGAUAGCUCAAUUGUGAUUGGUGAAACAGCUAGCGGUAAAACAACACAGAUACCCCAGUACAUUUACGAGACAGGGAUGCAUCGUAACCUGAUGAUUGCGUGCACACAACCAAGACGUGUGGCAGCCAUUACUGUUGCUCAAAGGGUCAGUCAGGAGAAGGGGCAAGAUGUUGGAGCAUUGGUUGGGUAUUGUGUGAGAUUUGAUGACACUACAAGUGAAAAGACCAAGAUCAAAUACAUGACAGAUGGUAUGCUAUUGAGGGAGUCAAUCUUGGAUCCACUGCUCAAGAGGUAUGCUGUUGUCCUAUUGGAUGAGGCUCAUGAACGCACGAUUCACACAGAUGUCUUGUUUGGGGUUGUUAAGUCAGCCCAACACCAGAGAAGGCAAAGAGGAAUCACCCCACUUAAAAUCAUUGUGAUGUCAGCAACAAUGGACGUUGACCAGUUUUCCCGUUAUUUCAAUGACGCUCCAGUAUUAUACUUGGAGGGAAGGCAGUUUCCUGUCAAGAUGAUGUACACAUGUGAGACCCAGAGUGACUACCAAUUCUCUGCCCUUAGUACAAUAUUCCAGAUUCACCAAGAAGCACCUCCGAGACAGGACAUUCUUGUUUUCCUGACUGGGCAAGAGGAGAUUGAAUCAAUGGUGACUGCCAUACGUGAUGUCAGUAAAGAACUUUCUGAUGACUCCUCUAAGAUCUUAGCACUACCAAUGUAUGCAUCACUGCCCCAGCACCUUCAACUAAGAGUAUUUCAAAAUGCACCAAAGGGCACCAGGAAGGUGAUCGUUGCAACCAAUAUUGCAGAGACUUCAGUGACCAUUCGCAACAUCAAGUUUGUAGUUGACACAGGCAAAGUCAAGGCAAAAACGUUUAACCCCCGUAGUGGACUGGACAUGUUGAAGGUCCAGAAGACCUCCAAGGCUCAGGCAUGGCAAAGGUCAGGGAGGGCAGGACGUGAAUCAGCUGGAACGUGUUAUCGUCUUUAUACAGAGGAGGACUAUGAAGCGUUGCCCACAAACACACGCCCUGAGAUCCUCAGGUGCAAUCUAUGCAGCGUAACUUUACAGCUGUUGGCUUUGGGAAUUAAAAAUAUAGCUCAGUUUGACUUCAUGGAUAAGCCUUCUACUGAGUCUAUACAGAAUGCCAUUGUGCAAUUAAAACUGCUUGGUGCCAUAGAAAACACAGAUGAUAAUAAGCUUACUCCUCUUGGAAGAAAGAUGGCAGCAUUUCCACUUGACCCUAGUCUUGCAAAGGUCAUCCUGAAAGCAGUUGAUUUUGACUGCCUUGAGGAAAUAUUGACCAUCGUCUCUAUGUUAUCAGUUGAGUCAAUCAUGCACAGUCCUGCCAGUAAACGCGAGGAGGCCUCUGCUGUACAGGCAAAGUUCAUCUCACAUGAAGGGGACCAUCUCACCUACCUCAAUGUAUAUAGAAGUUAUAAAGGAGUCAGUGGGAGUAAGAAUUGGUGUCAUGAAAACUUUAUCAAUGCGAGAAAUAUGAAAACAGCGUGUGAUAUCAGGGGUCAGUUACGUGAUAUAUGUAUGAAACAGGACAUGCAGUUCAAGUCCUGUGGAAGGGAAACUGCUGUAAUUAGAGAAUGCUUGGCUCAUGGUUUCUUUAUGAAUGCUGCAGAGCUACAGAAGGAUGGCAAAUAUAUUUCUGUGGCCAGCAGACAGCCAGUUGCCAUCCAUCCAUCAUCUGCUAUAUUCAGAUGUAAACCCUCAUAUGUGAUAUACAAUGAACUUGUUAAGACCUCAGCCUGCUAUAUGAGAAAUGUUUGUGUGGUGGACCCAGAUUGGAUAUUUGAAGCAGCUCCUAACUAUUUCAAAACUAGACCACUACACACGUGA